AUGGGAGUUUAUGCCGACCUGUCACUUGCUGUCCUAGAUAACGUACCCUCCGAGACAUUCAGAGAAGAUGAAGGCCUCAACCGCAUGCUCUCUCAGACCUACCAAUACAUCGCCGUCUCACGCAUUUACACUGCCAGUCCAGGCGCUUUGGAUCAUUUCAAGAUCAUAACCGAUCUCAUCUCUGCGAUGGCGCUAAUGCGAGAUCCUGGCAAAGAGGAGGAGGCAGUUUCGGAUUGGACCAGAUCUUAUGAGGCGUUUGGAGGUAUCCCUGGCAGUACCUUGAUUGAACAAGAGUGGCCUGCCGUGCAUUUGGCAUUGAUUUACGCUCUGAGGAAGGAUCCGGCUGAUUGGCAAAAGGGGGAAGAUAUUCUCUUACCAGUAUUGAAGGCGCGAGAGCAGAAAUUCGGCAAGGAUUCCAACUUGUCCAUAGUGUCGGGCAAAGUCUUGCACGUGCUUGGAGACCUUCGGCGCUCGCAGGGUAACCUAAACGAGGCCUUGGAUCUUUUCCAGCGAGCUCUAGGAAUCUUUCGCGCCACCAUCGGUAAUAACCAUUACAUCACCGCCGAUUCAUGCUACCGAUUUGCAGAGCAGCUUAUCAGAACAGGAAAGAAAGAUGAGGCAAAUCGCCUCCUUGAACCGAGUCUUAAGAUUUAUGGGGAUACCCCUUGGUAUAAACCCCAGGCAUCUCGUUCAGCGUUCAUGAAAGGCAAACUUCUGAAGAGUAUGGGCAAUGACGUUGAAGGUGAUGCACAAUUACAGAGAGCAAUGACACUGAGGAAGGAGAUUGUGCCAGACGAUCACAGGAGUUAG